GUAGAGGAACAGUGAGGAAAGAGAGAGACAGUAGCCUUCCCUCUCUAGCUGAUGUUUUGUAUUUUAUUGCUAUUCUGUCGACACAUAAAUAAAUACUCCAGGCAGAAGGCCAAGCCCAUGACGCUGCUGGUUUUAACCUUCCCACCACCUCGUUCUUGGGUUUCCGACGGGAAGGAGGCAAGGCUAAGGGCGUUGGAGUCUGAGCAGCCGAUGAGAGUGUGUGAUCUCCGUAGUUCUCGUCAUCGUUUCUUUUCUCGGUGUCUGUGAUGGAGAUGAGGAGCUGGCUUGGCUUCUCUUUGUCCUCCAGCAGGGGCGAGAGCUCCUGCUGCCGUGAAGAGGAUGAGUUUGGAGGUGUGGGAGAGGGUGGUGGUGGUGAUAGAGAUGAAGUGGGGUUUCUGCCAUCUGAUGCCUCCGUCUGCCUCAUGGAACCACCUUUGAGGGCUUCUACUUGUGCUUCAGACUGGAGACACAGUGCAAUUGCCACCACCACCAGCUGCUCCAAUCCUGAAGAGCAAGGUCCAAAGUUUGAGGAUUUCUUGGGUGGCUACUCUGAGAACCUCAAUGAAGAGAAUCAAAACCUGCAGCAACCUAUUUACCACUUCCAUGACAUGUACUACCACAGCUCUGAUGGCCCUGGAAUUAAUGUCAACAUGCCCCCCUCCUUCAGUCCUGCGGAGGGAGGAACAGGGGAAGAUAUCCAAGUCCCAUACCACCAUAUACAUUCCUUCCACCACAAUCACUUAUUUCAGGAUCCCAAUGCCAUCAAGCCUCCAUUCUUCAUGACUGAUCCUAACCAAAACUUUACCGCAAGUGCUAUCUACAAUUUAGGAAUGGAUGGUUCAACCUCUAUUUCCGGCAUGAAAUCAUGGCUCCGACAAAACCAGCAUAUUCCGGAGAAGCAAUCGGUCGACGCAUAUGAGUGUAACAUCCAAUCGUUGAGCCUCUCAAUGGGUCCUGUUUCACAAUCUGUGCCUCUCAAAAUUGUUCCGAUGGCUUCUCCACUUGAGGCUGCUGAUGAUCCCAAGUGCUUAAAUGCUGAAUCAGUAGAUAGAGAACCAGUUCCUCGCAAGUCGAUCGAGACCUUUGGGCAAAGAACCUCACAGUACAGGGGAGUGACAAGGCAUAGAUGGACUGGAAGAUAUGAAGCCCACCUCUGGGAUAACAGCUGUAGGAAGGAAGGACAGAAAAGAAAAGGAAGGCAAGUAUAUUUAGGGGGUUAUGAUAAGGAAGAGAAGGCUGCAAGAGCAUAUGAUUUGGCUGCGCUUAAAUACUGGGGACCAACAACUCAUACAAAUUUUCCACUGAGCAGCUACCAGAAGGAUCUGGAAGAGAUGAAGGACAUGACUAGACAAGAAUUUGUAGCCAAUUUACGAAGAAAGAGCAGUGGGUUUUCAAGAGGGGCAUCUGUUUACAGAGGGGUGACAAGGCACCACCAGCAUGGUAGAUGGCAAGCUAGAAUUGGCAGAGUGGCUGGAAACAAGGACUUGUACCUUGGGACAUUCAGCACACAAGAGGAAGCUGCAGAAGCCUACGAUAUUGCAGCGAUCAAGUUCCGGGGCCUGAAUGCAGUGACAAACUUUGACAUGAGCAAGUACGAUGUGAAACACAUUUGCUCAAGCUCCCAUCUCUUCGGAGGUGAUCUUGGGAAAAGAUCACCAAAGUCUACACCCACAACUUCGGCGUCAGCUAACAUGAACCAACCAACUUCUCUCGUCGUUGCAAACUCCGAAGAUUUUUCCAACAUGCUAUCUAAUACCAAGUCUGAUAGUACUUCAAACAGAGUACCUGCCGAUGCUGUAUCUUUGAUUUCAUCUUCAAUAACCAAUCCAAACCUUUGGAUGGAAAGGCAGGGAGCCGAAGGAACCAUAAUUCCUACCACAGCAUGCAUGGGGACGUUUCUCAGGCAUUCUUUUGCCCUUCUGCAGUGAGGUGAGUGUGGGGAUAGCAGCAGUGGAGCAUGAACUGGAUGGUGCAUGGCAGCAGCUCAGAUGAGAGAUAUACGGGCAGUGAAUGAGCUUCCAAAUCUUUUUACCAGUUGAAUGAUUUGAAGAAAAGCUUAAAUAUGCUUCCAAUUAUGUAUCGUCAACUUUCAGAGAUUGAUGGCAGCAAUUUUGCAGUUGUAGCUCAGCUGUGUAUGUCUACUUGUAUGACUCUUUUGUUGGCAUUUGAUUGCUGAAGCUGCUAAUAAUACAUGCUCUUAAGAGAAAUUAUCGGUUGCAAUCUAUUAGGUACCUUUUCGACGG